AAAUGGCGCCGGCACGCUCGGCCGUCCCCCUCCCUCCCCGCCCCGCGGGCACCAUAGAGAUGGGGCGGGCCGGGGCGGCUAGAGCGGCCGCUCCCCGUGCCUUCUCUACGCGGCCGUAGUCCGGCCUCGCUGGUGCGCGGCGGGGGAGGGGGCGCGGGCCGGGAAAGGCGCUGUCGCGUCAUGGCGGGCGAGGGCGACUCUGAGCCGAGGAAGUCCUUUAAACUCCUAGGAUUUCUUGAUGUCAAAAGUGUCCCAUGUGCACGAGAGUCAGUGCUCUAUGGAUCCCUGGGAUCUUUAGUUGUGGGUCUUGGACAUUUUUUAGCAACCAGUAGAGUUAGAAGAUCUUGUGACUUUGCAGUUGGUGGCUUUAUUUGCACAAUGUUAGGAUACUGGUUUUACUGCAGGUACAAUUUGGCCCAACAGAGGAUCCGCCAAAGAGUGCUUAAAGAAGGAAUGAGAAACAAAAUUUUAUUUGAAGGCAGUUCUCUUGAUCCAGAAAGAAAACAAACUGGCAAUGAAAGAAGUGAUUCAUAGCCUGCUAUGGAGGAAUUGUGGGCUAAUACAGCCGUGGGAGAAGGUGGUCCAAGAAUGGCAGUCUUCCCUGUGAAUGGGUGAGGUGCCUGAACCUGAUAAAUCAUGCUGGUUUUCCUAGCAAAUCCAAGCAAGAAAUUCAUAGCAAAUCUGUGAAGUCGGUGUACAAGCUUGCCUUUUUUUCAUGUAUGUGUAUGACUAUGUACACAGUGAGAAAUGACCUCCUACCACACAUUUGGGAACCGAUGGGGUGUAUUGCAGGCACUCGGAGGAUUAAUGACAGUGUUUUGGGACUGUGUUAACUUCCAUUAUAAACUGAAUGGUUCGUUUUAGCAAAGUUCUAAUUAGAUCUCAUUCAAAUACAGAGAAGUAUUUUUAUCAGCUGUUGUCUUGAGUAAAUGGAUCCUUCAGUGCUACUGUUAAUUGUGCUGUUUGUAAAACCAGGAAUAUUUGAACAGUAGGUGAAUUCUUUGUUUGUGCAAGAUGGGUGAUAUCAGUAGCCUUUGUGAGAUUUCAGCUGCAAAAUAACUUCAGAUAAUGUGUAUACACUGUGAAGUUGAAGGAUUUCCAUCUUUGUUCUGUGUGAAACCAAGAAUAAAACCAAAUUUCAGAAGCA